AUGUAUGUUCCUACAUUAUCAUACAGUCAUGUCCUUUUCAAUUCAAAAAUCGCUAAACAUCUUAUUGCCAACGGACAUCAAGUGACAAUGCUUUUACCAUUAGUUGAUGAUAAUAUACACUUUAAUAGUUCUUCCAUAAACGUUAUUCCCUCUGACAUUGGUAUACCCAGUGGUUUACUUCAAAAGCAAUUGUGGCAAAACCCGGGACCAUUUGAAAACUCAAAUCCAUUGAAUCCAUACAUUUUUUCAAAGCUAUUACGAGUUUCUCAUAUAUUCGUAAAAGCUUGUCAAGCGAUUUCGGACGAUAGGAAGUUACUGCAACAACUUCAUUCUGAACAAUAUGAUGUUGGAAUUGUUGAACAAUAUGAUUCAUGUGGUUUUGGAAUUUUCCAAACAUUAGAAAUAUCACAUGUGCUCUGGCUGAGUGCAACAGGAAUAUUUCGAUCUCAGCCAAGUGCAUUCAACAUUGAAUAUCCACUUAGCUAUGCUCCGGAACUGUUCGCGCCCAUAUCGAACGAUUUGACAUUAUUUGACAGAAUUAUGAAUGUUUGUGUGGCUGGAAUAACAUCUUUAGUGUUUGUUAUAACCCAAUCUCAUCAAUCACGCAUAUUUCACUCAGAUUUAUCAUUUCUGUCUAGUGAGGCAAACUCUAUAUUGGCAAAUACUCAUCCAAUAUUCGAUUUUCCUGUUCCCACAUUUGAUCAGAUAGUACCAUUGGCAGGAAUAUCUGUGGACGCAGAAAAAGAUGUUACAUCUUUGAACGAGUAUUGGCAAACUGUGGCUGAUUCGGCAUCUAAUGGAUUCAUACUUGUAAGCUUCGGUUCAAUAGCCAAAACCAUUGAUAUGGAUUCGAAAAUGCUGGCUACUUUCCUUGACUCCUUUGUCAGGUUUCCUAAUUUGCUUUUCAUCAUGAAAUAUGAAGCAGCAAACUGCACUCUUCCACUUCCAACAAAUGUUUUGACAUCUUCAUGGAUACCUCAGAAGUCUCUCAUGGCUCAUUCCAAUUAUAAAGGAAUUAUUACUCAUGGUGGAUUGAGCAGCAUCUUGGAAAGUUUGAUGUACGGAAAACCAAUGGUGUUAAUGCCCUUAUUCGCCGAUCAUUUUAAAAAUGCAAAUAUCGUUUUACUUCGCAAAAUUGGGUUAGUAGUGAAUAAAGCACACCUGACGAAAGAAACAUUAAUGAAAUCCAUUCUUCAGAUAGUUUCUGAUAGAGAGUUCACAAAAAACUGUCAAAAGAUUUCUUCAAUGCUUCAAGAAACCAGAACUCUUGUUUCGUUUGAAAAGCAGCUUGAAUAUCGCAUUCAGAAUUCCAUAAAACUUUCGCGACAUCAUUUUGCUCGACAUCUCCGUCCACGAGGACAGACAAAUCUUCUUCAGAUAUUAGAAAGUUCAUAUGUGUCAUGGAUUACAAUGCUUUUCAUUUCAUCCACACUGAUUUAUUUGUGA